CCGAUUGUAGUGAGGAAAGGAGAAGCCAGCAAGCGUAUGUAGUUACAUCUUGUACACGGAUGGCCGUGUGACUCGUAUUUUGUAAAUUAUGUACACACAUUAACGUCUGAAGGUAUCUGCAUGUAUAGGUAUACAUGUAUAUCUCGCCACGACGAAGGCUGACGGAGAAAAAUCUGUACAUCAAACCAACGAAAGGCAAGCAUCAUCUUUAUAGCAGCACGUAGACCAACCGCCUGCACUAGUAUAGAUUGAGAGAGACUCGACGACUCGAGUGGGGAUAUUCAAGUUUGGAUUUACAAACAGGCAGCAUCAAUGGGAAGAAACGAGUCGUAUCUUGCCUAUUUUGAGGGAAUAUUGUUUGUAAACUAUUAAAGACAAAGUGUAAUUUAAAGGUAGCUUGAGCAACGUUUGACUUAAUUUGGGUAGCUAUAGAGCUACAUAACAGAAUAUAAUUUCAAGGGUUAGCUAGCUUGCUAGCUUCUGGUACCAGUUUGGCUAUAAUAAAUCAGAACGGACGUCAACGAGAUCAUACAUUUAGAAUUUACCUGAGGAUAUUCACCUUUUACGCUUUGAAGGAGGGGAUUAUCCAGAAAAGGAGGAAAGAGACACCAGCUUCCCUCUCUCCCAGAGACUUGAAAGACUUUCCUCGGCCUUGUGUGUGUGUGUGUGUAUAUAGUUUGGAUGAGGUGAAGCUUUAUUGCGGUGCCCUCAGAAGGUGCAGGGGAAAGGGUAUGUACUGUAGGAGAUGGAGAGAAGGAACGUAAGGAUCGAAAGCUAGUGUCGGUCGGGGUGGAGAAAAUAAGCACUGUGCUGCUUAUCCUUUGUCUCUGUAAAGACUAAAGGAAGGAGAGAGAAGGAGGGAGUCUAAUCUAGUGGCAGGGCCCAGUCCCGUAGUCACCAGCAACACUGGAAGAACAGCAGCCAGAGAACCUAGAAGGUGGGUAAGAAGAGGACCACAGAAAGAGAGGAGAGACGGGGACUGAAGGUGAACCGAAGGGUCGGAGGAGAGGACGGGGAGGAGGAGGAGGAGGCGCAUCCCCAUGGCGACAGACCCUGGAGAACCCACUGGGACGGAGGACUCCUCGGAGAAACCUGUUGGAACACGGGAGGAGGAGAUGGAGCAGGAAGGCGGCAGGAGGGAGAGGACGCACAGCACCCCCUCCGACUUCCCCUCCUCCCAGACCCAGGAGAGGAGAACCGCAGAGGGAGGGGAGACAGGAGGCGGAAGGGGUGGAGGGCGUGGAGACACCAGGGACAGUAAGGAAGUGGAGACCCUGGUGGUUAGACCCAUGUCUCACUCCACACCCUCGUCCCCGGCUGCAACUGCGGCAGCUUCAGGGUCAGGGGGUCACGGGCCAAGGCUGAGGAGAGAGAAGCGUUUCUUCAGGAAGAGUGUGGAGAUCUGUGAGGAGGAGGACGAUGUGGUAGCGGAUCCCCCAGAGGUCUCCCACUCCGCCCCCCACCUGGACUCAGUCUUCACCCUCGGUGGGGCCCAGGCCGCUACCGCCGCCUCUACAGCCCUGGGACAUGACACUGCUGACCACGACCCAUCCAGCCUCAGCUCCACCCAGGACCCUGGGGCCAAGGACGCCCCCUCCUCCGCCCCACCCCAGACGGGGAAGGAGAGGGACAGGGAGCAGGAGGAGGAGGCAGAGAUGAAGGCCGUGGCCACCUCGCCGGGAGGGAGGUUUCUGAAGUUUGACAUUGAGCUGGGGAGGGGAGCCUUCAAGACCGUUUACAAAGGCCUAGACACUGAGACCUGGGUGGAGGUGGCCUGGUGCGAACUACAGGACCGUAAGCUGACCAAGGCGGAGCAGCAGCGUUUUAAGGAGGAGGCAGAGAUGCUGAAGGGCCUCCAGCACCCUAACAUUGUCCGUUUCUAUGACUCCUGGGAGUCAGUGCUGCGAGGGAAGAAGUGCAUUGUCCUGGUCACCGAACUCAUGACCUCGGGAACACUCAAAACGUACCUGAAGCGCUUCAAGGUGAUGAAGCCCAAGGUCCUGAGGAGCUGGUGUCGUCAGAUCCUGAAGGGCCUCCAGUUCCUCCACACACGGACCCCUCCCAUCAUCCACAGGGACCUCAAGUGUGACAACAUCUUCAUCACCGGCCCUACCGGCUCCGUCAAGAUAGGAGACCUGGGAUUGGCCACUCUCAUGAGGACCUCCUUCGCCAAAAGUGUCAUAGGUACUCCGGAGUUCAUGGCUCCAGAGAUGUAUGAGGAGCAUUAUGAUGAGUCUGUGGAUGUCUAUGCCUUUGGGAUGUGCAUGUUGGAGAUGGCCACCUCAGAAUACCCCUACUCGGAGUGCCAGAACGCUGCGCAGAUCUACCGCAAAGUCACCAGCGGUAUAAAACCAGCCAGCUUCGAUAAAGUCAACGACCCAGAGAUCAAAGAGAUCAUUGAGUGCUGCAUCCGCCAGGACAAGAGUCAGAGGCUGUCCAUCCGGGACCUGUUGACCAACGCGUUCUUCGGGGAGGACACAGGGGUACGUGUGGAGCUGGCGGAGGAAGACAUGGGCUGUCAGGACUGCCUGGCCCUCAGGAUCUGGGUGGAGGAGCCAAAGAAGCUGAAGGGAAAACACAAAGACAACGAGGCCAUCGAGUUCAGCUAUGACCUGGAGAAUGACAGCGCAGAGGAGGUGGCUUCGGAGAUGGUGAAGUCAGGCUUCUUCCACGAGAGCGACGCUAAAGUGGUCGGUAAAUCCAUCCGCGACCGCGUUACGCUCAUCAAGAAGUCCCGUGAGAGACGCCAGCAGCAGCUGCUCCAACAGCAGCAAGGCUUUGAUGAGAGACGGGACUCUACCCUCACCUCCUCCUACACCUGCUCUCACCCCUCCUCCCUAGGGCCUGGGGUGGCUGGGCUGACAGGGGGAGAUGGGGGAGGAGGAGGGCAGGGGGAGGCUGAGGAGCUACCAGAGGUGGAUCAGCAUGUGAGGCAACAGCAGCUGUUCCAUAGUGGGAAUCCUCUGAGCCUGCCCACAGGAGGUGAGAGCAUUGGCUCAGCCAGCUGUGAGUCCUAUGCCAGUAGCCAGAGCCAGGCAUACCCUCAGCAAGGGGAGUCAUACGUGCUCUCUCAACCCAGCCUCCCUGCUGCUGCGUCGGCCAUUUUGGCCCAUCAUGAAAUGCUCCCGAUUGGUCAGAGCGGAGGAGUUCCGAACGUGCCUAUUGGUCAGAGUGGUGGGAUUUCCGCCAUGUCCAUUGGUCAAAGCAGUGGUGGGGCACCUGUUGGUCAGCAGACUUACGCUCAGCCUGUUGCUAUGGCAACGGAAGUCUCACCAGGUGUACCACAGCAGUAUUCGCAGUCAUACCAUUCAGAUGGAUCACAGAUCGCACCAAUGGCCCCUUCCCAGUCCUACGCACCACCAGUCUCGCCCCAAGCCCAGCUUAACAUUCUUCCAGCUCCCAUUUCAGUGGGGGACCCAACAGGACUAGUGGGCGUUGGUGGCAAGGAGGCCAUGGUCCCUCUCCCACAACAGACCCAGGCCAAUGUCACUCCCAACAUCAUGCAGGCCUCUGACAUCCAGAUGACACCCCAGCCUUUAACCCAGCAAGCACAGCCUGUCAUGAUCACCCAACAGCAGACCAUUGUUCAACAACAACAGCAGAUACUGAUGGAGCCACAGCAGCAGCAAAUGGAGGCUCAACAAACCGCCCUGCUUCAGCAGCAGCAGCAUCAACAGCAACAACAACAACAGGCCAAUGUAAUUCCCCAGAAGGCGGUACUGAUACAGCAACAUAUAGAACAACAACAGCAACAGCAGCAACAGACUAUAGCAAUCCAACAGCAGCAAACUACUGAGCUACAGCAGCAAGUGUAUGUGCAGCAAGCUUUGGUUCAGCAGCAGCAGCAAAUGCAACAGCAUCCUCAGCAGCAGGCCUUACUACAACAACAAUCAAUGGACCAACAGCAGCAAAAACAACAGGCAUUGUCAUUGCAGCAACAGCAAGUGGAUCAAACCCAAGUCUAUGCGCAACAUCCGCAAAACGACAUACAACAGCAGCAACAACUGCAACAGCAGCAAACAUUGUUACUACACCAACAGCACCAGAUUGAACAUCAGCAACAACAACAAGCGAUGUUACUAGAACAACAACAGCAAGUGUACAUACAACAGCAGCUUGAGCAACAGCAGCAACAAGCGUUGCUACAAAAGCAACAACAGGCACGAUUACAGCAGCACCAACUGGAGCAACAGCAAGCGCUGUUACAACAGCAGAUAUUUGAGCAACAGCAGCAGCAAGCGAUGUUACAGCAGCAGCAACAAGAGCAGCAGCAACAGCAAGCCUUAAAGCAACAGCAACAACAGGCGCAACUACAACAGCAACAGCUAGAGCAACAGCAAGCGCUGUUACAACAACAGCAGUUCGAGCAACAGCAGCAGCAAGCGCUCUUACAGCAACAACAACAACUGGAGGCUCACCAAGCGAGCCAGAUCCAACAACAACCGCAAAUGGAUCUACAACAGCAGCAACAACAAAAGCGAGCUGUUCUGCAACAACUGACCCAACUACAACAACAGGCGGUCGUCAGUCAUCCAGUCGACCCACAGCAACAGCAAGCUGUGCUACAGCAACAGUUGAAACAACAGCAAGCCCUGCUACAACAGAAACAGCUUCAACAGCAACAAGCGAUUUUACAGCAGCAGCAAUUGGAGCAACAGCAACAAGAGGCACAACUGCAACAGAAGCUGGAGCUACAACAGCAGCAAGCUUUGUUACAACAACAGAUCGAACAACAACGGCAAAAGCAGGCGUUGCUACAGCAACAACAAGCAGAGAGACUGCACCAACAGGCUUUGCUACAACAGCAGCAGCAACAGAUUCAACAACAGCAAGAGACUGGGCAACCGCAGCAGCAAACCGCCAAUAUUCAAUUACAACAAAGCGAGAAACAAGAGACCGCUUUGAUUCAGCAACAAUGUGAGCAGUUGCAAGCGUUGAUUCAACAGCAACAAAUUGAUGUGUGUAUGUUGCAACAACAACAACAACAGCAAAACACUGCUAUGUUUCCACCUAGUCACACUAGCCUAACACAGCAGCAACUGACAGAACAACAGCAAGUAGCGCUGAUACAACAGCAAUUACAACAACAACAACAACAACAGCAGCAGCAGCAGCAGCAACAACAACAAGCUAUAUUACUGGAGCAACAACAACAAGAGUAUGUUGUCCAGCAACAACAGCAGCGCCAUCAGAGCUCUGUCGUUGAACCUCAGCCUCAGAUCCCCCUUGUAGCCCCAACCGUACCAGCAGCAGAGGUUAUACAGGCCAUUCAGGUCCAAGCUCAGAUGGCCGCCCAGGCGCAGGCCCAAGCCCAGGGUCAGGGAGCCAUACCUGUAGCCAUUCAGCCACAGAUUCCCAGUCAGGCUCCACCGGCUGUAGUGCAAGCCCAUGCCCAAGUCCUGGCCCAGAUUCAAGCUCGGAAUGAAGCUCACCCUCAGAGCCAGGGCCAAUCCCCAGUCCCAGUACUCCAAGCCCAGCCCCAGAUGAUUGAGGUCCAGAUUCCACCUCAAGUGGUGGCCCCGAUCCAGGCACCAAGUCCUCCGAUCCCUAUCCAGCCCCAGGCUCCUCUAGUACAGUCUAUCCAUCAGAUCCCAGCUCAAAUACAGGCCCAGGCUCCAGUGCAGUCAUUCAUCCAGCAGACUCCCCGGCCUCUGCAUCCAACCCAAGCUUUGACUCAGACUCAGAUUCCAGCAGUUCUUGAGACUCAGAUGAUGCCUCCUAUGAAGCAGAGUCCAACUCUGGUCCAACCCCGACCUCCAGUCUCAAUAACCCCCAUGCACAGCCAGAUCCAAGCCCAACCCCAGCACGAGUCUCCAGUGCAGCCCAGUGUUCAGCUCCCAGUGCUGGCGCAGCCUCAACUCCUGCCCCAUGCUCCAGCCGUCCUACUGGCACCGCAAUAUGUCACUGCACCUCAGCCCACCCAACAGCAAGCCAUGCAGCCAGUCCUGCAACAACAGCAUCAGGACAUCACACAACAAGUUACCCAACAACAGCAGAUACUGUUGGAGCAACAGCAGUCCAUUCUGCAGUACCAGCAGGUGAUGCUGUCUCCUGGAUCUGUUGGUGUUGGAACUGUCAUGGCGGACCCUGCAGCCACAGACAUAGACCCUACCACCUUGGUCUCUGCUUCGCCUCAACACAUACAACAACAAACUGGACAAGUGGAUAUCCAAGGCCAGCAGGUACAGGCUCAGACAGCCCCAGCCCCCAUCCAGCAGGCUCUGCAGUCUCUUCCCUCUCAGCAUCAGCAAGUCUCAAUUCCCGACCCAAGUCAACUGGCUUAUCAGCUUCCUCAGAUCCCCCCACAUCUGUUUCCCCAGCAGCCCACUGUUAACCCAGCACAGAUAGCAUCCCCAAGUAACCUGCCCCAGCUCGGGAAUCAGACUAGAGCCCUACCCUUCUACAGUCAGGUAGUAGCAGGAAUUACGCCACCAUCCCUCCAGCACCAGGCUCAGCUGACACAGCCGUUACCCACCCACACACACACCCAGAUGGCCAUGCAAGCUCAGGCACACACCCAGACACUGGCCCAAACGCAGCCCCAUGCCCAUACCCAGACCCAGCUCGCUGAGGCUGCAAUGGCGGCCUCCACCACCGAGCAACAGCCCCCUCUGAAUCCUCCCCAGGCUACUUCCCUCCCUCUUCCACAGAUGCCCCCCAGCCCUUCUCAUACAUCGUCUCACCCCCACCCUGCCUCCCUGCCACCCCUCCAUCCUGCUACCCCUGGCCCAGAGACCCAGCCCACCCCACCAGAGAGCCAACUAACCCUGCCUGGCCUGGCUGAUGUCCCCUCGAGCCUAACCUCUCCCCUGGCUGUUGCUGCCGCUGCCCAGCCCCUUGACUCUAACGCCCCCUCGCUGCUGCCCCCCACCUCAACCUCGCUCCAAGACUGUGACCCUGCUCUGCUGGGCAUUGCUCAGGAGAGUGCAAACCAGUCUGGCACAGAGAGACACUCCUCUUCAGGUGCUGUUCCAGCCAAUGGGGAUGGGGAUCUACAGAUGUUGUUAGCCAAUGGAAAACUAGAGAGGGUGAAGUCUCAAAGGAAAUUGUCCUAUCGGGGGGCAGAAAAAGGAUCACAUGCAUUUCAACUGAGCAUGAUCCAGGUGUCCAGCUCUGGGGACAACAUGGUGGAGUGUCAGCUUGAAACCCACAGCAACAAGAUGGUCACCUUUAAGUUCGACACUGAGGGAGACGCACCUGAAGACAUCGCAGAUUACAUGGUGGAGGAGGAUUUUGUCCUUGAGUCAGAGAAAGAUACAUUUGUGGAAGACCUGAGGUCCAUUGUCAAGAGAGCUCAGGAAAUUCUCCUCACACAUCAACAGACUGGAUCUAUGGAGCAGCUGCAUGUGAGCACUCCAACAGGCACAGCAAUGGACUGGGCGCCUCAGUCGUCUCCGGUGGGCAGAUGGAGGUUCUUCAUCAACCAGACCAUCAGACACAGAGACUCCACGUCCAACCAGGGAGGAGCAUCCACCCCUCCACCUCUCUCGACCGGAGAGGUCAGGGUGCCCCAGUCUACAGACACUGACAGAGAGGGGGACGGAGGAUCCCAGAGAUCGGACUCCUCCUUCGCUGGAAUGGUCUCCUCUCCUCCUCCCCACCCUACAUCCACCCUGUGUGCCCCUGCCACCGCCUCCUCCCCCCAUGCCUCCGCCUCCACCGUUUCUGCCCCUGCCUCCAUGUCUGCCCCCCCAGCCCCUGCUGCCCCCACUCCUGACACAACUGCCUCUGCUGCCUCUGACAGUAGGGUUUCUGCUCUGGCUUCUAGUCUCGCUAGUGCAGUUGUUGCCUCAGAACCACACUCAGUCCCCGCUGCCUCAGCUGGCCUAGGCCUAGACCUGCAGGCUUCCAUUGACCAAACUUCCAGUGCCACCACAGCAACAUCCUCCAUCCCAACCAAUGUCUCAAGCACCGCUGCCAACCUCCCAGUUCCUACCAUGGUAGCUUCUUCUGCCACCAUCGCUCCCACUACCACCCCCUCUCUAACGGAAUCUCUGACCUCCCCAGCUACUAGUGGCAGCUCUAUGGUGAGCCAGGGCCAAGGACCAAGCCUGGGUGAUGUAGGAAAGGUGGCCACCCUAGGACAGUGUGUGUCUGGAGGGGACCACUCAUCCACUGGCCCAAUCCAGCCUCCAGUGGCUGUGUCCGGAGCCGUGGCCUCUCCUCCUGUUAGCCAUGCAGGUCUGGAGCAGCAGCAACACACUCUGCCUCUGAUGCAGUGCAUGGCAGCCCAGCCUCAGCUCCAAACAGUGCAACAGGUACAGCAGCAGCAACCGCUCCUAGAACAUCAGCAACAACACCUGAAGACUGUGCAACUCCAACAGGCACAGCAACAACAGCAAGAGUACCAAGAGCAGAUACAACUGCAGCAGCAGAAGCAGCAGCAUGCAUUGCAACAAUCUAUUCAACAGUUGCAGAUGCUGCAACAGCAACAACUACAGCCACAACAACAACAGCAGUCUGAUGUACAUUUGCAGCCCCAACUACAACAACAGACUCAGCAAAUGCCUGUCCAAAUGCAGAACGCACCGUACAACACACAGUUACACAUGCAACAGCCACAGCCAAACCAGUUGCCACCACCACCGCAACAACAACAACCAGUCAUUUCACAGCAACAGGCAGCGAUUGACCUGCAGCCACAGCAUCAACAACAGUUAGCUCUGCAACAGGCACUACAUAUUCAGCAGCAACAGCAAAUGCUCCAACAACAACCGCAACAACAACAACAACCGCAACAACAACAACAACAAAAACAACAACAACAACAACAACAGCAGCUGUCAGUGAACCAACAGUAUGUCCAACAACAAUCAUUACAGCCACUAAACAUGGCUCAACAACUCCCUCUAGAACAGACACAACAACAACAGCUGCAACAGCAGGUACAUCAACAACAAAAACAACACGAGGUUAACCCUCAGCAUCAGCAGGUGUCCCAGCAGGCUCCUCUCCAGAAGCAGCCGUCAUUCCAACAGUCAGAGUGGGAACGGUCUACAGAGGAGGCCAGUGUGACAGACGAUACAGGCAGUCACUCUGCCCCUCUACACCCCUCCUCAGACUUAUCUCUGCCCCUCAACAUUAACACAACCGCCGAUGCCCCCCUACCGCCCCUCUCCCUCACCCUGACCCCCUCACCAGUCCAGCCAUCCUCUGUGGCUGAGUCGGACAGCGAGGGCCCUCCCAAAAUCGAGUUUGUAGACAACCGCAUUAAGACUCUGGAUGAAAAGCUGAGGAACUUGUUGUAUCAGGAGUAUAGUAGUGGGGCAGCUGUGACGGGGGGAGCUGCUGUGGCUUCUACCGCUGGUCCAACCGCAGUGUCAGCAGCCUCGACAUCGGCAGGAGGGGACGAAUCCUCGGAGCCGCACUCGCUCCAUCCCUCCUCCUUCCCUCCUCCCGCGUUGUCGUCCUCAGACACCUCUCCUCACUCCUCCUCCUCCACCACCUCCUCCACCACCUCCCGCUCCUCCUCCACCUCUUCUGACCUGGAAAGGGAGAGAGAGGUGUGGGGGGGAGGGCUCCAACAGCAGGCCCGGUGGAGCAGCCCUGGCCCGUCUCUCUCCUCCGCCUCCCUCCUGACCCCCCCACACGGAGACUCGGCCGGGCCCCCACCUAUCCCUGGAGAACCCACAAUUUUUGCUGCCCCCCCUCACUCUGACACCAGUACUCCAGGAGAAGUCACUACGUGGCCCCCAAAUCUGCACCCCAUCCCCCUGGGCCCUGGAUCGCCGCCGCAGCACAAUGCAGGAGGUGGAUAUUUUGGCCUAAACCUGACAUGUCCUAGUAUCAGAAAUCCCGUUAGCAAGAAAUCCUGGACUCGCAAAUUCAAAAGCUGGGCAUGCAAACUGCGCCACUCCGCCAGCUUGUUCAAGAAGCCCAGAGUCCAGCAAGACGGUCACUCUAGUGGCAGUCAGGCAGGCAGAGAGGAGAGCGAGAGGGCUUCCUCCAACCCUCCCCACUCACUCAAGGGACGAUUUCAGGUCACCCCAGUGCCCCAGCCCCCUGAGGCCUCUCCCCCCAAAGAGGCAGCCUGUGGUACGGGCAGCAGCCACAGGAAAGUGGGGCGCUUCUCUGUGACCCAGACGGAGGCCCGGAAAGAGGAGAAAGAACUGACUGACAGCUCCCCUGUGUCUCCUGACCUGGAGAGAGAGAGGAGGAGGGCCCGAGGGAAGGAGGGAGAGAGGGAGGCGGGGAAGAGGAACCCAGCACUGAGCCACCCAACCCGAGGACAUGGUCACGGGCAUGGUCUCUCUCCCCUGGGCAGUAGCGAUGAUGAGGAGAGUGAGAUGGAGGAUGAAGACCUGAGGAAGGAGCUGCACAAGCUGAGAGAGAAGCACAUCAAGGAGGUGAUGUCCCUCCACGCUCAGCAGAACAGAGAGCUCCAGGAGCUGUACAGGCAGCUGCGGUCCCUCAAAGACCACCGGCAGACCCUGCCCCGCACCCCAGCCUUCCCCUCAGGAUCCCCAGCCCUCUCCCCCCGCAGGCCCAGGCCGGCCAAAGCCAAGCUCCGGCCCAGACCCCACUCCCACAUGGACAAUAAUGGACUCGCUGGUCACCCCGGUAUACAGCAGUCCAGUAGUUUCUCAGGGGGAGAACAGAGCAAACUACCACCAUACUGCAACCCAGAACACACCACCCUACUGACUACCAAAAGAGACCACAGUCCUCCCUCACAGGGUGCCAGAAAGAGCAUGUUCACAGAUGACUUGCACAGACUGGUUGAUGAUUGGACGAAGGAGACAGUGGGUCCCGCCGCUCCCAAGCCCUCGCUCAAUCAGAUCAAGCAGAUUCAGCAGGUGCAGGAGUUGGGAGGGUGGCCACAGGCCACAGAGGUGGCUCCUCCGGGUCGGUUCCCUGUGGCACCACUGAACCCCCAGGCCUCCCCAGCCCCCUCCAGCCUCACUGCUCCAGCCCCAGCUCAGUACACCACUGGGGGGAGCCUGAGCCAGUGGAGCGGGGUGGGGGGACCACCAGGACCACAACAACAACAAACACACAUGCCUCCAGUCCCUCAGCUACAGCAAAGUUUACAUCUCCAGCAAGCCCAGCCUGCUCACCCAUUACAGACACAGCCCUUGCAGCAAUCCCCUCUACACCAACAACAACAGCCCCUAAUCCAGACUCCACUACUGUCUCCUUUACAGCCACAGACAGGGCAACAACAUAUACCCCAGCAGCCCCAUGUAGGUGUAGGAGCCCCACCUCAGAAUAAACCUCUGUUGCCUUCCCAGAUGCCCCAGAUGGCCCCGUCGUCUCAGCUGGCCCUAGCUCAGCCUGGAUGUCUGAUUCCUGGGUCUAGCAACAAUGCAGUAGUGGGGCCCAUAGACACUGGCGCUGCUGCUGCUGUUACUGCCCCCGGUGGCCCCGGAGGGACAUUCUGUUUCUGCUCCUCCUCUUCUUCCUGCUCCUCCUCCUGCUCUGCUGCUGCUCUACCAUCCAGUGCCAAACUUCACCCCAUGCCCCCAACCUCCACUCUUCCUCUGGGACAGCAGUGAAAAGAAGAAGAAAAUGAAAGAGGGGAAGAGUGUGGUCGAUUAUGAUGGAGCGAGGGAAGUAGAAAAAAGAUGGAGAUGAUGGAUGAGCAAAAACCAUGUUGAAAGUUUGAGAGUGUGUAUGUUAUGAGAGGUAAUGUCUGAGAAUGAGAAAAUGGAUGUCAGUAUAUUUGUAAAUAUGAGAUGGGAAGUGAAUGUGAUAGAUGGUUGAGUCUAUGUAGACAGAGUAUGUACAGACAGAGGGCAAUAUGGAACUCUGGGGGGUCAUGAUGUUGGUGUGUUUGAGAUGUACAAAAUUAGGUAAUGUGUGUAUUUGUGUGUGCGCGUGUGUGUGUGUUUGUGUUGCUAUUGAUUUUCUCAGUACAUAUUCCUUGUGUGUUUUGACACCAAGUAAUGGUCAUGUUAUUUUUUAAAUCCAACUAGACCCUGAACUCUUCCUCCCAAGCAGAGACAAGAAGGAACACAAAACAUUGACAUUAUUAUGUAUUGAGAUAUUUUUUUUGUUUUUAUUUGUCAAUGCUUACUUAUAUUGAAAAGGACUAUGAAUUUUAAAAGUGCAAUUAGUAACUGUCAUCUAAAUUUUUUAUCAUCCUGUAACGUCCAGAUUUGUCUGUAGUGGCGUUUAACCAAAUAAUUGUCUAGAAGCACGUUGACAAUAACCAACCAGACAUUUACGAAUUAACUGACAUCUUACAUGAAUAUAGCACAAAUGUUUCAACAGGUUACCAUUGAGAUAUCUAGCAGUUGCAACAACAGCAUGUUACAGUAACACCACAGAGCAUGGUAAUAAUGGUGCUACCUGGCUAUUAUCACUACCGCAAUGCCACUAAGCACACUGUUGUACAGUGUAGUGCACGGGCAAGGCAUGUACUUUGUGUAUUAUCAUUUUUUACAUUGAUAAAAAGUGGUAACCAGUAGAUUUAAAGAAGAUUUAAAAUAACAUGUUGAUGAGUAACAUGAUUAAAUUGUGAUCAAUAUAUGCUGAUAUUUUGAUUUAAUUUAUGAAUAUGUUCAGUGAGCUUUCAUUGAAGUCUAACUGAAUAAACACUGAUCAAAACACUAAGACUGCAUGACCUUAUGGCUACAACGUACCUUGACUUGCCUGCAAUCUGCUUACACUUGUGCUUAUAUUUCUCAUGUCUGCUGCUGUGCACAACAAUAAACUGAGGUAAAUUAUU